AUGCUGCUGGAGGAGAUUCCGUUCGGAUACUACACCGAUAUCAUCUUCUCCUUCGCCACAAUGGACCCAAAAACCAUUGAGAUACAGGCCGGUGACUCCAAGACGGCGCAAUUCAUGCAGCGGAUCAACGCCAUCAAGCUUAUCCAGUCAGACAUCAAGAUCCGGAUUGCGGUGGGCGGGUGGGCCUUUAAUGAUCCCGGUCCGACGCAGACCACGUUCGGUGACAUGGCUGCUUCAACGUCUGCCACUAAAAGUUUCAUCGACUCUCUCAUCAAGAUGAUGAACAAGAACAGCGGCGUGUGCAUGCCCGGGUGCAACGACGACGAGGUAAAGGUCGGCUCGUUGCGCGUCGGCUGCAACUUCUCGCACCAGGCGGCGUGCUGCACCAGCGAGGAAUCCACCUCCGCCUACGGGUCGUGCAAGUGGGUUGGGGAGGCGCCGACGUGCAACCAGGACUGCCCCAGCGACUACCCGAACAAGAUCUUCUCGUCAAAGAUGGCCGCCGGGGGCGAGCAGCCGUGCAUAUCCGGGACGAAGCACUACUGCUGCCGGGAACCCAAGCCGGCGGCGUUUUCCAAGUGCGACUGGCACAACAAGGCGAGCCCGCGCAGGUUCGAACAGGACUUCAUCUGCGAGGACAGCUGUCCCAGCGGCCAGAUCAAGCUGGCCACCGAGGUUGGCGGCAUGGGCGCCAGCAACGGUUGCUUCGGCGGUGCCAGGGCGUAUUGUUGCGAACCGCCCCCCAAGCCCGUUGUUCCCCGCGGCGACGAUGAUCCCUUUGGAGGAACGCAGAACAAGGAGUUCCAGCUGCUCCUCGAGAAGUAUAUGGAGUACCCGCCGUGCCCGGCCACGAUUCUGCGCCCAAAACUGGGCGACAUGUUCACCAACGUGAAGCGUUCCCUCGAGUUCGAGGCCUCCCAGGCCCGGGAUUUGCAAGGCAGGGCUACGAACUGCGAGAUGGAUCGUUAUGUGAGGAUGGUCGGGUUCGGCGUCGCUCUGCUCACCAAGGAGUCAGACCUGAUUGGACCGUUGCAGCCUGUUUAUGAUGAGAUAUUUGCCGGAGCCUACGACGAGGCCAUCACGGCAGAGAAACUCAGGGCGCACUAUCAACGCAAUCCUGAACUCGACCCCAACGCUGUCAUGCAAUACGUCUUCCUUAACCCCAAGGCUGCCGGCCCGGGACUUAGGCGGGCCGCGCAGGCGUCUGAGACGUUUUGCUGGCUGCCCACUACGAGAAAACGCGAUGGAAAGGCGUUGUCGGAGACCUCCCGCCAUCCUUCCGAUGUGGGUAAACGAUGGGUGUGGUGGUUGCCCAACGACGAGAACGGCACCCCCGAUAUCUCGACCAUUCUGGGAGGCAUUUUGAAUGGCGACCUGAGCCUGCACUAUGCGCGCUGGCAGAACCUAUCGCAGCAGAACGUUCCAAUGCUCGAGCUGGGUUACUGGAUAGGACGGACCCCCGGCGCGGCCGGCGGCAAUGACAUGUACCGAGAUCCCUAUAUGGCGGAUGGCGGCCCCCAGGACCGCUGGGUCGUGUUCCACAUGCACAUUGACGAGGCACCUUGCCUGAACUAG